AUGUUUGACGAAGACGUACAAACAAUUGUUAUAGAUAAUGGUUCAUAUAUGUGCAAAGCUGGUUUCGCUUCAAUGGAAGCUCCACAUUCUGUUAUCCCAAACAUUGUUGGACGUCCAAAAAAUAAUCAACGAUUACGUCAAGAUUUUUUCAUUGGAAAUGAAGCUUUAUCUAUGUCUUGUAUCCUCGACCUCAAAUAUCCAAUUAAACACGGGAUUAUUACAAAUUGGGAUGAUAUGGAAAAGAUUUGGCACUACGAAUUCUAUAAUCAACUUCACAUCGAUCCAACAGAACACCCGAUUCUUCUUACAGAAUCUUGUUUAACUCCAGCUCUUUACAGUGAAAUAACGUAUUACAACAAUUAUUUUAUUUAG